UGUGGUGUUUCAGGAGCGCAGCAUCGUCGCACUCUCACGAGCGCGUUUGACUCGCCUUUUGUUUGAACAGUCUCGUGAACAUUUUCCCCGUUUCCCUUCUUCUUACACACGGAUACACGUUUCACGGAAAGCAUCGUUUAUGGUCCUGGCUGAAGAUUUCACGAUGUCUCGCACCGACGAGGUUCACCGCUUUACGGAAAAUGUCUACAAGACCAUCAUGGAGCAGUUCAACCCCUGCUUACGGAACUUUGUUGCCAUGGGGAAGAACUAUGAGAAGGCCCUCGCCAAUGUGACGUUUGCUGCCAAAGGCUACUUUGACGCCCUGGUCAGAAUGGGGGAGCUUGCCAGUGAAAGUCAAGGAUCCAAAGAUUUGGGGGAUGUGCUGUUCCAGAUGGCUGAGGUCCACAGACAGAUCCAAGUGCAGCUAGAGGAGAUGUUGAAAUCGUUCCACAAUGAACUCCUAUCUGAACUGGAGAAGAAGGUGGAGCUGGACUCCCGUUAUCUGACUGCCGCCCUGAAGAAAUACCAGAUGGAGCACAAGAAUAAAGGGGAGAGUCUGGAGAAGUGCCAGGGUGAGCUGAAGAAGCUGCGCAGGAAGAGCCAGGGCAGCAAGAACCCAUCAAAGUACGGAGAGAAGGAGAUGCAGUUUGUGGAAACCAUCAGCGGUAAGCAGACAGAGCUGGACACUUUCAUUGCUGAGGGAUACAAGACAGCCCUGUCUGAGGAGCGUCGCAGGUACUGCUUCCUGGUGGACCGCCAGUGUGCCGUGGCCAAGAACAGCAGCGCCUAUCAUGGCAAGGGUAAAGACCUCCUCACCCAGAAGAUCCCAGUGUGGCAGCAGGCCUGCUCAGACCCUAACAAGCUGCCGGAGAGGGCCAUGCUCCUGGCCCAGCAGAUGGGCUCUGCUGCACUCGGGGGAACCAGCCCCCUGCAUACCUCCAAAUCAAACCUGGUCAUCUCGGACCCCAUCCCAGGGGCUCAGCCUCUUCCUGUGCCCCCAGAGCUGGCUGUGUUCAUGGGAAGCGGCCUGGGACACCCAUCGAGGAUGAUGGGCCCUGAUGGUAUGUCCAUGGUCAAUGGGACAACAGGAGUCCAUGGGGAGGAAUACUGGACAGAUGGAGGGACUAUGUCCCAAGUCAGGCCUUCGUCCCCUCAGACCCAGGCACAGGGCCCGUCCCAGGCUCAGCCCCAGAGACAGGUCAGCGAUGUGUACUCCAACACCCUCCCUGUGCGCAGGCCUGCCCCCGCCAAGAACAAGAACCCUGUGGGUGAGACACGAACCCUGCCCAGAUCCAGUUCCAUGGCAGCAGGCCUGGAAAAGAACGGGCGUGCUCGUGUCCAGGCCAUCUUCUCUCAUGCUGCGGGUGACAACAGCACCCUGCUCAGCUUCUCUGAGGGAGAUGUCAUCACUCUGCUAGUGCCUGAAGCCCGUGACGGCUGGCACUAUGGUGAAAAUGAGAAGAACAAGAUGCGUGGCUGGUUCCCUUUCUCCUACACUCGUGUGCUGCCUGAGAGUGACAGCGAGAAGCUCAAAGUUAAUUUGCACCAUGGGAAAAGUAGCAGCACAGGAAACUUAUUGGAGAGCGACCCAUCCCUGCCCACACCUGACUAUGGCCUGACUGCCCGACUGCUGGCGCAGAGCCUCGCACAGACCCGCCCACGCCCCUACAGCAUGGCAGGCUUUGGCACACAGCCUGCUAUUGAGGAUUAUGAUGGCCGCUUUGCCACAAGUUUGGGUCCAGAAUUGUCUCGGUUCUGAGGGAAAAGGACCUCCUGACCGUUCCUUGGAGGUCUACCUCCGGCCCACCUUCACUGAUGACCGAUCUGCACCCAUCUUCUACUAGCAGCCUGCUGUUCCCCUUUUUGUCCACUAAUGGGCCUUUUAUUUUGAAAGUGAGAAACAGAAUUUCUAACAUUAUCAAGUUAAAGUUACAUAAAGAAGGCCCAGAGGUGAGACUGAGGGGGGAAAAUCACCUAAAGGAACAUGUUACAUGACUAAGAAUUACGUUUCUUUGCUGUGGAAUUCACUCCAAGAAUUUGGGGUCAACCCUUCUGAUAUUUUUUAAAUGCUUUCACAAACUUUGAAUGUCUCAACCGGAGCGUUCACGUGGCAGCAUAUUAUUAUUAUUUUUUUUUUGUUAUUUAGUUUACACCAGUUGUGGAUACAGUAUGGCUGAUAGGUUUGCUAGUGAUGCUGUCACAUUAUUGUUUAUCUGCACUUCUACAAUGGGAUCUUUUGCUGUUUUGCAACACUAUACACUGUAAAUUUCACAUGAGGAUUAUUGCCAUUAAUGCACAGUGAAGGAACAUUAGAUGUAUAGGGUGGAUUUGAGAUGCUGGAUUUUCAGUGCAUCAAGAAAGGCGCACAAUUCAAGAUAGGAUACUGCCACAGAUUGCUUUAUUUCUGCUUUUGUUAAGUGAUAAAAUACUAUAUAUCUUCUAGUUGUGAUACAGUAUGCCCAUAUUUUUAAUGUGGGAACUGUGCCUUUGACUUUUUAUUUUAAACAUAUGCUUCAAGCUGCAUUGACCCAAUCAUUCUGUAAACUGGUUUGAGGGCAUAUGCAUCACACUUGGACUUGUAUUUUUUUAUAUUCUGGAAAAUAUCAGAGGGAAACUAUCCCUUUUUAUUGUCUUUGUUUGUAAAUUUAAGAUAUUUUUGCUUAGCUUCAGUACAGUGCAGUUUCAAAAACACAGAAAUGACACAAAAAUCGUUCUUUCUCUUAUUUCAUUAAUAUCUAAGCUGCCGGAUAGCCAAGAGAUGAAUUAAAGUGCAUAAAUAAUGGGUCUUUUUAUAUGUAGCUUUGAGGGAGUGGUAGCUUAUUCUAUAAGGUACAGUAUUAUCAUGGCUUUUGAUCAUUCAUGCUCAGUAUUACACUCAUCUGGGAGAAAAGUUUAGAGCAGAGGCAUUUAUCUGUGUUGGAAUAGUCGGAACUGUAGGAUGGAAAAGCAAAAUGGUUGAGAGAGGUCUGGCUGCGGACCACAGAUUUCAGACGCCCCAUCUUGCAGACCCAUGUGGGAAGCUGCCUCUGUCAGAAUAGAAGGGAUGUAAUUUGCAAAUAUGUUUCAUAUUUUUUCUCUUUUUUAAUUAAGAAACAAAUUCUGGUAUUGCAAUAAUGAAAAAACACAUUGAAAACAUUGCAGACUAAGCCAUAUUUCAUGAAUAAAACAGAAAAAAAGGUCUGAUAUCUUAUCUACGGUUAUAUUAUGUAUUGACCUGUUUUAAAAAUACUUAUGUGAAUGGUUGCUCACUUUUUCAUCGUUAGCUUUAGCUUAACCAAACAUAGUUUCACUAGCUACUAGGACUGUACGGUAUCAAAAUCUCACGGUACAUUAAUACCUCGGUAAGUCUAAGGUAUGGUAUUUAUUGUGCUGUCAAAAAACUCUAAAUAACAAAUGAGAACUUGGAAAUAAAGGGAUGUCGGCAUUUAUUAAACAACACUUGCACUUUGAAUAUUACAAUAUGUGCAAAAAAGUGCUAUAGGUGUGCAUUAGGCUUUUAACAUAUACCUAUACUUUGGCUCCAGCAUGUUUACUGACCUUCUAAAACUUUUGUUGUCACUGCAGUCUGUUAGUGUCUGCAUCUUGUUUUGUUUGUCGCCUUUUCUCAUGUCUUGACGCUGGGAAACUAAAAUGCUUCCACAUGCCUGAUUCAAAGGUUGCUGAAGUCUCUAUAAUGUCAAAAACCUUGUCACUCAGUUCCCCACUAGUAGCAUCAACCAUUUUUGCGCUGUAAGAUAAAGCAAGUGGAGCGCAAAGGAUGAUGGGUACACAGGGCAGACGGUAACUGUAGUUACCAAUUCCCUUUGCUCAGCCCCACAAAAAAAAAAAGAGUUGACCUAAUAGAAUUAAGAAAUAUCUAUUACAACGACACUGUGGAAUAAACCAUACUGUUAAUUCUCUAUUAGCUAAGUAAUUAACAUUAUUAUGUAAGCUACAUAAUAAUGUACUAACGUAGCACUAACGUAGCUACAUUAGAUUUAACUGGAGCUUAUGUAGCUUAAGCAAGGCACCGAUCACAUAUCUACUUCUAACACAGGUCUUGCUUUAGCAAAAAUAGCAAGUAGCUAAAGUAACUUUUUUCUUUAGUUUUGAUCAUAAUGUUAACUUACAUAACUAACGUAGCUUCAAUAGCUUUAAAUUAAACUUCAUAGCUACAUUAUCUAUGUAUUUAACAUAGCUUUGUUAGCUUUAGCCUUAGCUACAUUAGCUAUGUAGUUAUAUUUCCUACAUAGCUAACAUAGCUUCAAUAGCUUUAAAUUGAACUUCAUAGCUGCAUUAUCUAUGUAGCUUACAUAGCUUUGUUAACGUUAGCCUUAGCUACAUUAGUUAUGUUACCUACAUAGCUAACGUAGCUUCAGUAGCUUUAAAUUUAACUUCGUAGCUUUAUUAUCUAUGUAGCUUACAUAGCUUUGUUAACGUUAGCCUUAGCUACAUUAGUUAUGAAGAUAUGUUACCUGCAUAGCUAACCUAGCUUUGAUUGCUUUAGAAUUAGCUACGUUGUCUAUGUAGGUGUCAUAGCUUUGUAAGCUUUUGCCAUAGCUGCUGUAGCUGUGUUAAAAGUGUUUUCAUAGAGGAUUAGCUUUUUUCCAUAAGUAGACUGUUAAUUAAACAUUUUCUAAUCAGGUUGUACAAGUCAGGUUUUUGACUCUUAACUUUUUGUAACAUAACUUUUACCCUUACCCUAACCGGCAGGUUAAUCCAAUUUUAUUUUUAACGUUUUAGUGUAGCGGCUCACUGGGCGUCGGAGAUCUGCAGUCUGCAGCCAGACUGUCUUGAAAUGGUUGUAGGGUUGAGCUGAUAGUCUCUCAAAGGGCAAUACUUCAACAGGUACAUCAUAGGAUGCCAAUUCUCCAAUGGUGAGUCUUUUACACUGAGUGAUUUGAUAUGGAUUUUAUUAAAAGGCUCAUUUGGGCAGCACGUUUCAAAAGCUUUUUUAUUAUUUUUAUAUAGCUUUCAUUGUCUAUUCCUCACUUUUGUCCCUGUUUGUAUUAUAUCUGUCCUGUACAGAAAGUGCUUAUAAAUUAUCUUGUCCGAAAUAAAUCUAAAUGGG